CACCGAUGUAGUUUGUCCGAUUUUGGCGGCUGUGGGGAAAACAUGGCGGAAAAUUUGAAAGAUUGCAGCGUGCCUUGGAAGAUGUCCUGGGAUGAACUGGAAGCCCUAUGUCGCAGAGAGAGGCUGCACUGUAAAGAGCUUGGGGUGAACAGAGCCAACAUCAAUGAGUAUGAUGUGGAAUUCCUCUGUGACUACAAGAAGACUAAGGAGGAGGAGUUCUACCUGGUAAAGUGGAGGGGCUUCUCAGAGUCUGAUAACACCUGGGAACCCAAGAGGAACCUCAAAUGCCCCAAACUAAUGAAGCAGUUUCACCUGGACCUGGAUCAGGAGCUGAGGCGCCACAAGAGACGCUACAUGCCUAAAAAAUUGGAUAAGGAAGUUGCCUCAUUCCUGGUUCAAAAAGCCACAGUCCGUCAGAGACUGCAACGCUGGGAGGCCCAUCUGAACCAGACACGAAACCACCCAGGUCGCAUUUUUGUCAUAAACGAAGUGGACCUUGAGGGCCCUCCAAAAAAUUUCACCUACAUCAACAACUACAAAGUAGGCCCAGGUAUCGUGUUAGAUGAGAUGGCUGUUGGCUGUGAGUGUAAGAACUGUUUAGAUGAGCCAAUAAAUGGCUGCUGCCCUGGGGCCUCCCAGCACCGCAUGGCCUACAAUGACAAGGGUCAGGUCCGGAUCCGGCCGGGACAGCCCAUAUAUGAGUGUAACUCCCGAUGCAGCUGUAGCCCCGAUUGUCCUAACAGAGUAGUGCAGAAGGGCAUCCAAUUUGACCUGUGCAUCUUUAAGACAGAGAAUGGCCGAGGAUGGGGUGUCCGCACGCUGCAGCACAUCAAGAAGAACACAUUCGUCAUGGAGUACGUGGGAGAGAUCAUCACAACAGAUGAAGCGGAGAGGAGAGGUCAUGUAUACGACCGCCAAGGCUCUACCUACCUGUUUGACCUGGACUAUGUGGAGGAUGUUUAUACAGUGGAUGCUGCUCACCAAGGCAACAUCUCCCACUUUGUCAACCACAGCUGUAACCCCAACCUGCAGGUAUUUAAUGUGUUCAUCGACAACAUUGAUGAGAGGCUCCCAAGAAUUGCUUUAUUUUCAACACGGGCUAUUCGGGCAGGAGAGGAGCUCACCUUUGACUACAGGAUGCAAAUUGAUCCAGUGGACACAGAAAGCACCAAAAUGGACUCCAGUUUUAGUCUAGCAGGUCUCCCCAGCUCUCCAAAGAAGAGGAUUCGAGUGGAAUGUCGGUGUGGAUCAGACUCCUGUCGAAAAUACCUGUUCUGACAAAGGACUGCUGAGAACACAACACUAUCAGCUGUGCAAAGACGGGGAAAAUUGUACAGAUUUGUACAUGAAUUUUUAUUAUCUUUUGUUUUUUAAAAGCUGAAAUUCACCAUCAACUUUUCAUAUGUUAAUGUGACUUGACACAAUGUGAUGUAAAAGCACAAUCCAGAAUUUCAAUCUUGUGAUUUACUUCAACAGAAUGUAGAGUUUCUUGGUUUACACUGAAUUUAGGGCUGCAUCAGUGGAUUAUGUAAGAUCCUUAUUCCAACAAUUUGAAAUAUCUUUCUAUAAAAAAACAGAUCCAUGAUCAUGUGUAGUAGCCAAUCCCUGCAGAGUGCAGUACAAGAAUACUUGGCCCCUUAGCUUUGAAGUAAAACAUUUUCUAUGGUUGAUUUCUUCAGGCUCUUAAAAUGUAUAAAUAUUCUACAAGUACAUGACACAGGUAUUUGCCCAAUCUGUUUCAUUGCAGUGAUAAUUCUGGCUUUGUGCAUAAAAAAGACAAAAGGCUUUUGUUCCUGUGCUGCACUUUGUAAGCACCUGUCAACACCACAUAUAAUCCUAAUUGUUCCCAUGAAAACUGAUAGGAGAGAGUCAGUGUCUUAAACCUCAGCAGGUAAAACUAUAUCCAUGGCCAAACGCCACCAGGGAUAAGCAAGAAAAUGUUUUUGUGACUAUGGUGAAGUGACUGUUUAAUGGUGAAAUGAGGGGGUGGGGGGUGGGGCAUAAUUUCUUUAUCUAUGAACUGUCCCUACUUCUGUCACUCUUGUGGCUCUGUACAGUAUCUAUUCUGUGGUCAAAUAGAUGAUUGUUUUACAGUGUGUAUAUAAACAUUUUAGUUGUUAGUAUUUCAAGGUCUGACUUUCUUAUAGGUGGAGAACAAAAACAAUGGCUUGAUUUUGAAGUGGUUCACUUUCAAAGUAUUCAACAUGUUCUAUCACUAGGUGGUGCAUUUGACCAACUAUAGCUGUCAGCCACAAUACAGGAAAUGUGUGUUUCACUUCCUCCAGGACAAUUGACCUAUGGCUAAGCCACGCCCCCCUCCACUCACUCAGACAAACUAUCAACAUUCAGUGACCGGCGCUGUGGCAGAUGUCGCAGUACACGGCAUUUUGCAGGAGGCAAUUGAUGUUUUUUGGGGACAUAACGAUCAGAUGUCAUUGAAAAGGGCCUAAACUACGCAUUGGAGGGAUAUAUUAAUCAUUUUAUUGUUGAGAAGGUCGAUGAAAAGCUUAAAUUACAAGCCAAAAUUUACAGGUCACACUUGUGAACCGUAUUUUGUUGCCAUCGCCAUCAAAGACAAAGUUUUAGUGCCACUGAAGUUCUGGUUUUUGGCUCAGAAUAUGAGAAAAGGAUAACGGCCUUUUUACCAUCUUUAUCAAGAGUGUCUCUCCGUUAAUCAUUCAGCAUAACGUUUGCCAACCUUUGUUAUCUCUGCGAUUACAAAUAAAUUAAUGAAGCUAAGCUCCAGAAGUUAACGUUAGUUUAACUGGAGCCCUUUGGACAACAGCUAAUAAUGAUGUACAAUCACCAAAGUACAAAACUCAAACAAAAUAGGCUAAUGAACUCCCAGCAAACAAGCUGACAAUGAUGAACAACGCAGCUAGGAGCAAACGUUAGGAUAACUUUAGCUAACAUUAGUUAGAGAUGUUAAAGGUAACUUUAUAUUUCUUUCCAGCAAAGUGACAAUAUGUUGUCUCAAACACGAUGUUGACUUACCUUAAAACAGAUGUAGACAUCCUUAUUAAUCUUAUUCACAUUGAGUUGACGUUGUGGUCUAACAUUACCACACAACUUUAUCCAAAGGAGACACUUUUCUCGGUUGAGAUGUGGUUUAAAGUGUAAAAAAUACACCCCGACGCCCAGCCUCUCUGAUGUAAAGCCCUGUGAGGCAAAUUGUGAUUUGUGAUAUUGGGCUUUAUAAUAAAAUUGAUUGACCAUUUUUAAACUCCAAAUCUCCAAAAAAGCUCAGAAAACCGAACAAAACUGACUUUCUGUAAUGUAUUUCAAUGAACGGCCAGGCAGAGAAUGUCCAAGUAUAUGGGAAUGGCUAUACACACUGUGACUGGCACAUUGCGUUUGAGGGCAGGGCUUAGCCAUAGGUCAGUUGUUGGCAUGUGUACUACUUUGUACAGGGUGUCAGCAGGUUCUUAAAAAGCCUUAAAAUGUCUUAAAUUUCCCUGGUGACAAGAUGUUGAUGAACCUUACUCCCUCUAAUAUGAUGUGUCUCAAGAUGAUUUGUCCAAUAAUUAGUCAUACAUGUGGUUUAAAAGAAUCUUAAAAGCAUUAAAUUUAAGCAAUUCAUCUAUAAACAGUCCAUCUGCUCCAUGUUCACUCCGUAUGCUCCAUAUGUCAACUCCUAACACAAUACUUGCUUUAUAGAAGAAAUGAUUAGGAAAUGAAAGGCAGAAAAUCUCAUGUGACAUUUUUCAGACAUGUUCGGGGGGGUUGGUCCAUCAGAUUCUCUGCCUUUUCCACUGAAUUAGCAUGAGUGCAAUGUUUUUUGUAAACACAGGUAAACCUACUAAAAACAGGGUACAGACUCCUUUCUCAUUGCCAUUACACCAGAGCUGUGAACACUGCUGUGCAGCAGAUAGGUAUGCCUUUCUGUGUGUUUUUGAAUGUGUGGGUGUGUAAUGAUCAACGUUAAAGAUGGGCUGAAAACUGGUUAGUAAACAGUAGAAAGCACCAUGGUAUGGAAAGCUUAAGGGCUCUAAACAUUUAUUUUGACAUUCGUAUUAAUAAGUCAAAUUUGUUCGUCUUAACAGGUAAAAUAAUCUCUAUGCAUCAAAUGCGCGUUAAGAAGAUGAUAGAAAAUUCCCUGAUAACAAGUACAUUUCUAUCUUCUUAAGAUGUUUAGAAUUGGGUGCAACCAUUUCAACAGUUUUGGAGGGGCAACUGAUGAAAAAGUAUUCAGUGUACAUUGUAUUUGCAUAAGUGUCCAUUAGAUGGCAGAAUUAAAUUAGAGUACAUUGGGCAUAGUGUUUAGUCUUCUAUUCUGAGUGUUUUACUGAUAUACCUUCAUUCUUUCACAUCAUAAAAUUAAUGCCUCAAGUUAUUUGUUUUACUGCUUUUAAUAACUGAUAUUACUGAGGUCUGCUACUGAAUUUAGCAUCAUGUUUCAUUUGGCUGAACUCUGAUUUAACAAGUCAGCGGUGAUAAACAUUUGUAAACUGUCAUUAAGGCAGACGAGUGUGGCGUUACACAUCACAUUAGUCACUUUACAUUAAGCUAAAAUUAAUACAGAAUUAUAUAAAUUGUUUGCCUCAUGUAUCUCUGUGUGUUCAGGGGUCGUAAGAAAUCAUAAAUCAUCCUUGAGGAGUGGAUGUUUACCAUACGCUAGCUCAGGUUCUGUUAAAUUUAACACUAUGCUAAAUGAGCAAGGCAAGCUUCCCGCUGACAUGCUUGGUUAAAAAGGAAGACAACAAUGCUUUGAGAUGGCUGUCAAGAGAUGACAGAGGUAUGUUCACGUUGUACUGUCUGAGGUGUAACAGGUGCUGAGUUCCCCAUGUUUUAUGUUCAAAUCGAUCUAGAAAAGAGGAUUAGCAUACCGUUCCUUACCGUUAAAAUAGGAAAACACUAGUUAAUCAGCAGUUAAUUCACACAAGGUAUCAUGGGGGCUAUGAAGUGGAUAUAAAGCUUGUUUUUCCCAGCCAGUUUUUCCCCAAAGACACUAUUUUUGUGUUUAAGAGGAUUUUUUUUAUAUAUAUAAUUUAUACUGGAUGAAAACACACGUAGGCUGUGGUAUGUUAUGGCCACAGCUGCUUAAGAGGCUUCCAGAAGCCAUUCACUAUUCACAUUAAUUUUCUGUCGUCUUAACGUGCAACUGACCCGUAAAGAUGAACAAAUUUGACUUAUUAACGCAAAUGUCAAAAUAGACGUGUAGUACCCUUCCACGGUCCAUAGCACAGAGGCCUGUGAAAACUUUAUGGUGGUCACUUUUUUAUAUAUAUGUAUAUAUCUCUAAGUUAUUUAGUCUCUCCAACUUCGCACAGACUAAUUUGGAACAAUGUUUGAGCACUGCUUGGGCAGAGACAGACAGUAUUUUGCAGCUUGCUGGCUAAGGGGCUAAAAUUAGCAAGUUCACUGGGGUGUUGUGUUUCUAUCAAUGCCAAUCAGAGCGGGAGCUGAUAAAUACCCAAGACUAAUGUAGAGUCAUCUGACCUGGUUGUGAAUGCCGAUUUUAACCUUUCCCAUUACAUUAAAAGGCCAGAUUAGUGGGUGUUACCAUGUUUUUUGUGCAGCAGGAAAGGGGCUUCAGAGUUAGAUGGCCCUGCAGAGAUGAAACAGAGACAAAAUAAUGCGUGGUAAAUGAAUCUGAAGCAACUAAAUCACUCCAACAGUUUUAAAAAUCAGGCUAUAUGAGUUUGCAUACCAGCCAACCUCCUACAUGCUGCACUACUGUAUUUACUGUAUUAAUUACAUACAUUUAUUUAAUACUUAAUGAAGCCCUACAGGGUGAUUCAAGACUCCUCACUUUGUGUCAGGGUCCUGCAUCUCCCUUGCAGGAUUCAUUUUGCAAUAACUGUCCCUUACAUAGCCCUCACUCAUUCGUUCUGCCCCUACCCAAAAACAUUUAUUUUUGUACUUCCUUUUUCUGCCCAGAGUUUACAUUAAAAUUCACGAGUGUUGCAUUCAUGUACAAUUUCAAGAUUUCAUCCAGACAUUCUAAGACACAUAAAAAUACUUUGCUUUGAAUAGUAAUUUGGUUGGU